GUCUUGGCGCCCAGUUCCAAGACCUCCUGUUUGGCCCAACUGGGCAAGUCCAGCCAUGAUGGCUACGCAGCCGAGGAGAAUCACCGGCGUGGCAAGUCCGACAUGUAUAGCGCACAUUUGACCAACGCCUAUCGACCAAAGGUUACCAAUGUCUUGGAAGAGAAUCCUGAGGCCUCCUGGGUGAAGCGAAAAACCGCCGUGGUAUCGCCCCAGAAGGGAGCUUGGACCAAAGUGUCCCCACCCAAGCAGGAGAAAGUGCCUCAAUAUCAAGACACACUACGCACCUUACACCGCACCUCCUUGGAGCCCCAGCCCGACGCCGCCGUGAAGCGCGGCGAGCACCGCAAGGCGCCGCUGCAGCGCUUCGCAGCGGCGACGCCAGAGACGCCGGCCACGGACGCGUUGGAAACGCCCGCGGCGGCUGAGGAUCUGAGCCACUAA